AUGACGACAGGACACAAAGGAAAGGCGGCAGCAAGUAGCUCAAAUUCCAAUCCCGUGCAAGUCGAAAGUGACAAUGAUCAAUCCAGCUCAAAAGUUGAAGAUAUGAUUAAAACCGAAUUGAAGAAUCGAAUGUUAGCUUCAGGUGAAUGGUCGAGAUUAACGAAGAAAGUACGAGAACAAUUGAAGGGAUCUAGCUGGGAGGAAAAUUUAAGAUGUACAGCUGAAGCUCGCGCUCUCGAGGCUGAUGAACCAAGCUUAGGGGAAUUGAUUGAAUAUAUUCAACCUAUUGCAGCAGAUACGGUACCUGAACAAAUCAAGAAUGAUAUCAUGGCAUCCAUCCGUCAUUUUGUUGAAGUCAAUGUUGAUGCUGACGUUGGCGAGACACAAUAG